GUGCAGGUGAAGCCAGGUGCCGUUUUAGUGAUUACAAACAUGGCAGAACAAGGCAUGCCAUGGACUGAACUGAAAAAAGAGUUCAUUAAAUACGGUGACAUUGAAUGGGUAGAUUUUAAUGCCGGUGAUAGCGAAGCAAAGAUACGUUUCAAGGCGGAAAACAUUGCCGAAGAUAUCGUUAAAGGUGUAGAGGAUAAAAAUGCGACCCUGACGAUCAAUGGCCGUGAACUAAAAGUGCGCCUCUUGACUACAGAAGAGGCAAAGUCGUACUGGGAUGGUGUUAGGACAGCAAAAAACAAAGGCGAGGAGAAGAUCAAGGCGCAAAGCGCAAAUGGCACCAGGAAACCAGAAACGAAGGUACGGCAUUUUCUCAAGCUGUGUCCCAUACUGAUGAUCAAACAAAUCAUGAAAGUCCAGAUAUCAAAGGUUUGGGAGCCCACUUUGGAAGGAGAAUGUAAAUUAUUCCUGGACGACGUGAAAGAUGCUCUGUACAAAGUGCCGACUACGGAAUCCAUCAUUUCAAUGGCCGAGUUAAAUGCGCAUGUCGCAGCAGACACUAAAAGUGGAACGGGUUUGAUUAGAAAGAACUGCCAUAGCGACUUCAACGAUAAGGGCAUGAAGUUGCUGUGGUUUUGUGCAAACAACGAACUCUCUGUUCUGAACACCUUCAAGCAUCAAAGCGUGCAUCAGCAUACCUGGUACAAAUAA